AUGGCGGCGCUCAUGCUCUCCACGCUCGAGGGCCUCUCCACUCACCAGGUCACCUCCUACGACGACACCUCCGUCACCCUCGCCUGCUCCUCUUCCUCCUCCUCGCCCUCCUCUGCGCCCGUACUGACGGUGCCACUGGUGCGCGGCAGUCCCUACCUCACGUUCCUGUUCGCGUCGCCGGGAGCCACGCCAGUGAUGGCCACGGACGAUGCCAUCACGGAGGUGCAGUCCACGGCGGAUGGCACCAAGCACCGACUCACCUUCAACAACGGACAGACAUGGCUGCUAUACGCGUCUGCACCGCUCACCUUCUCCCUCCACAACAGCACGCUCACAGCCACGUCACCCUUCACCGGCACGCUGCGCGCCGCGAUGCUUCCUGGAAACUCCCCAGCGGAGGAGGAGGCGGUGCUGGACGCAUACGCAGGCGCCGUGGUGGUGGGCGGCGAUGUGAAGGUGCAGCCGUGGCGGGUUAAGUACACGUGGAAGGUGGCGCCGUGGGGCACUGAGACUGCUGCCACUGAUGGGACUGCUUUCAUCGGCGCAUGCAUCUCAAAGCCUACUCCCCCGUCUCCUCCACACCUCCCCCUGGUGUCAACUUCCCGCCCGUCACCCCCAGCCUCUGCCCCUUCUUCCGCCCCUGCCUCCGUCCCUUCAUCUGCCCCCGGCUCUGCCCCCGCCUCCGCCCCAGCCUCUGCUCCUGCCCCCGCCUCUGUUCCUCCCCCUUGCACCCCCACCCUCCCCCUCACCGCCGCCUCCCUCUCCGCUUCCUCCUUCCUCGCCGCAUCUUCCGGGGGAGCAGCAGACGCCACCACAGCAUCCGCAGAUCAAACCGCCCCAUCACUGCUACAGCCCCCAUCAGCACCAGCAGCAGCACCCAACCCCCACGUGCUCGUAUACCCCACGCUAGACGGCCCAGCAGUGGGCGUGGCAGGCAGUAGGUGGGAAGUGAAGGUGCCUCCUCUGCACGCCUCCUGGCACUCGCCCCGCCUCUCCUCCGACCCCGCCCUCCGCCUCUCCCUCCGCCUCGCACUACAGACAGACAUCGCCGCCCUCACCCCCAUCACCACCACCUCCUACUUCUUUGGGAAAACCGCCGCCCGCGCCGCCCGGCUGGCUUUAAUUGCGGAGCAACUAGGCGAGACAGCGGCAGCAGGGACGGCGGUGGCAGUGGUGCGGGACGCCCUCACCGCAUGGUUCAACGGGUCGUUCGCCGGAAACUCUCUCCUCUACGACCCGGCAUGGGGCGGCAUUGUGAGCUCGAGUGGGGCGGCAGACUCGGGGGCGGAUUUCGGCAUGGGGUGCUACAACGACCACCACUUCCACUUCGGCUACUGGCUGUAUGCCGCUGCUGUGGUGGCCAAGGCGGAUCCUGCAUGGGCCAUGACCCACCGGCACUCUGUGCUCAACCUUGUGUCUGAUAUCAUGUCUCCCCGUGCCACUGCGGCAUUCCCCAGGCUGAGGAACUUUGAUUUGUACGCUCUGCACUCGUGGGCGAGUGGGCUGUUUGAGUUUGGCGACGGGAGGAAUCAGGAGAGUCUCAGUGAGGCGGUGAAUGGGUACUAUGCGGUGGCGCUGCUGGGGCAUGCGUUUGGGGAUCUGCACCUGGCGAAUCUGGGCGCCACACUGGCUGCUGUGGAGGCUGUUGCUGCUCAGACGCUCAUUCAGGUUCCCUAG